ACAUACAUUUCCUGUCGGCACAAAGUAGCGGGUCUAAAUAUCAGAUUCAGGCAGUUUAUGAAUCUUUUUUAAAAUUCUCAACAAUCACCCUUAAUAAGACAAAAGAAGUUCUUAGAAGUACUGACCUACGCACAGAAAGGGACACUUCUGAAUAAAUGAGCUGAGGCUCUGGGAUCAGUCUGAUUUUGAAUUCCGUUUAGUGCAGAUCGUUUGUCUUUUCAAAGCCCUUAAAAGUUAAACAAAAUAAGAAAAAUCAUAAACCAUUUAUUAUCAUGCAAAACCAAAGUUAUUGCAAUCUCUGUAAUGUUGUGUUGUCCUCAAAAGGAAUGGGAUACCAUCAUCAUCUGCGUUCAGAGCAGCAUAAGAUGAGAGUAAUAGAACCGAUUAAUAGCCGGUUAAAGAAGAUUUCGGCAGCAUUCACUGGCCGCUUACUUCGAUAUAAGUAUUUAAAUGAGUGGACUGGAGUAAAAAUGCCACCAGAGUUCUUAAAUGAAGCAGGCGAAGCUUACGUUCCUCAUUUAUCAAAUGUAUUGAAUAGUUAUGUGUCGGCCAAAGUCAAUUUUGAAUUGUUUGCUCAGUAUACACUUUUGAAGGAUGAAGUGGAAUACACGGAUAUUAAAUCAUUUCAAUCAAAUAUGACAAUUGAAACCAUGUGCUGCAACUUACAACAAUCAUUUAAAGAACAUGCAGAAACAAUAAUUUCCAAAAUUGAUGAGUUUCAGGAGAGUGAUAGUGGUUGGCGGCUAAAUUGGAUUCUUCGUUUGGAAAUGAAUUUUAAUAAGUACAUGCCAAUAAGAGGUGCAGCAUUUAUUGAAUUACCAUAUAAGCUUAGGCACAAAAAAGCAGUUAUCAAUGUGCAGAACAAAGAUGUAUUCUGUUUUAAGUGGACUGUUAUUGCUGCUUUAUCGAGGAAGCCAAUGCCUUAUAGAUGUUCAUCAUACAAUGUACGAAUAUUUGAUGAUUUUAUCAAAAUAAACGAUGAAAUAACACUAAAUUUUAGUGGCUUAACGUUUCCAUUAAGUCCUCGAGACAUUCAAAUGUUUUUGGAUUUGAAUCCGAUAAUAAGCAUUACGCUUUUCGGGUACGACUCAGAGAAUGAAAACGUGUUUGGACCCAUUUUUUAUACAAACGAAAUAAAGGAUCAUCACAUAAAUAUGUUGUUGGUGGAGGACGAGAACAAAUAUCAUUAUACAUGGAUCCAUAAAUUGUCAGCGUAA